AUGCUUGUUGUAAAAGGGAACGUCACUACUAUACUUGUAGCUGAGUUCCCUAGGCCGUGGCAGGGAAUCUUUGCGACACGCUUGGUCAGCGGGCAACUUGGCAGCCACUGCACCCCUGCCUGGCUUCUUUCUAGCUUGUUCCAUCCGAAGACAACGGUGAGCCGUGCUAUCUUUGCAAUGUGGGCGUCGUUUUUCCGCACACAGGUGUACGCUACUAUUGUCUGGUCACUUUCGUCGGUAUUCUUGAUGAAGUUCCUGAGAUGCUUGGUUCCCACCUUAAAAUGCCUAUUUCGCAUCUCUUCUCUCGGCAGUAUCUGA